UGCCCAUUGGAAGCCACAAACCCCCGUGUGAGUGAGUGCGGCGCGCCGAUUCCUGCCUAUUCGACGGCCCCGCAACGGCACUCUCCGUGUUGAAACACGUGGUGGCGCGUCAGCGGGACGAGUAACCCAUGUCCUUUACGGGCGCUGGUUCCUUCGGGAACUACGAUCUGACGGCCCAGAUGACCGGGUCGCCGCUUGCCCGGCAGACGACACACGAGCAGGAAGAGACGGUCACACCUCCCGGGUCUUCGCCAGGACAAAAUGAGAAGGCGAGCGGGACCCGUGCCACCUCGACGACGGAAGUCGCCGACGGCGAGGGCGGGUUCGACACCGGCGCCGAGGACGGUGAUGAUGCGGUCGAGCAGGACCGCCGCCACAGCAUCGUGCAGGAUUUGGCGAGGAAGUACACGGCCCAGUCGAACGCAGCCGUUGAAGGAGUGAACCCCUUUUCUGUCGCUUCCGAGGACAAGGAGUCACCAUUAAACCCCAAUGGCCCCAAUUUCAGCGCCCGCGCCUGGGCCAAGGCCGUGGUCAAGAUGGUCACUGGGGAGGGCCACCAGUUUCGCACGACUGGUGUUGCCUUCCAGGAUCUCAACGUCCACGGCUUCGGGUCGCCCACGGAUUAUCAGAAGGAUGUCAUCAACGUGUGGCUCGAGACGGUCAGCCUUGUGCGCAAGCUUACCGGGCAUGGGAAGCGUCGGAUCGAUAUUUUGCGCGACUUCGAUGGUUUGGUUCGCAAUGGCGAGAUGUUGGUCGUCUUGGGCCCUCCCGGCUCGGGCUGCACCACGCUUUUGAAGACGAUCGCCGGUGACUACAACGGCAUUUUCAUGGACGAUGACUCGUACUUCAACUACCAGGGCAUGACCGCCAAGGAGAUGCACACCCACCACCGAGGCGAGGCCAUCUAUACUGCCGAGGUCGACACCCAUUUCCCCCAGUUGAGUGUUGGCGAUACGCUCACGUUCGCUGCUCGCGCCCGCGCCCCACGCCAGCUACCCCCUGGCAUCUCCAAGACCAUGUUCGCCAACCAUCUGAGGGACGUGGUCAUGGCCAUGUUCGGCAUCAGUCACACCAUGGACACUCGCGUCGGUAACGAGUACAUCCGCGGUGUCUCGGGUGGUGAGAGGAAGCGGGUCACGAUCUCGGAAGCCGCUUUGUCCAAUGCGCCACUGCAAUGUUGGGACAACAGCACCCGUGGCUUGGACAGCGCCAACGCCAUCGAGUUUUGCAAGACGUUGAGGUUGCAGACCGAGUUGUUCGGGAGCACCGCGUGCGUGUCCAUCUACCAAGCGCCCCAGAGCGCCUAUGACCUAUUCGACAAGGCGAUUGUCUUGUAUGAAGGCCGCCAGAUCUUCUUCGGCAAGGCCGACGAGGCCAGACAGUACUUUAUCAACCUAGGCUUCGACUGCCCCUCUCGUCAGACCACGCCGGAUUUCCUCACGUCGAUGACGAGCCCUCACGAGCGCAUUAUCCGCCCCGGUUUCGAGGCAAAGGCUCCUCGCACACCUGACGAGUUCGCGGCGGCCUGGAAGAACAGCUCCGAAUACAAAAACCUACGGGCCGAGAUUGAGGAGUACAAGCAGAGCCAUCCGAUCAAUGGCCCCGACGCGGAAGCUUUCCGUGCGUCCAAAAAGGCGCAGCAAGCCAGGAGUCAGCGGUUGAAGUCACCCUUCACUCUCUCCUACAUCCAGCAAAUCCAGCUCUGCCUGUGGCGCGGAUGGAGACGGUUGGUUGGCGACCCGAGCUUAACCGUGGGUGCCCUCAUCGGCAACUUCGUCAUGGCCUUGAUCAUCGCCAGUGUUUUCUACGACCUUCAGCCGAAUACCGCCAGUUUUUACCAACGCGGCGCGCUCCUAUUCUUCGCCUGUCUAAUGAACGCUUUCGCUAGCGCCCUCGAGAUUCUGACCCUAUACGCCCAACGCCCUAUCGUCGAGAAGCACGAUCGUUAUGCCCUCUACCAUCCCUCUGCUGAAGCCAUCGCCUCCAUGCUCUGCGACAUGCCGUACAAGGUUGCGAACACGAUCGUGUUCAAUCUCACUCUGUAUUUCAUGACCGGAUUGCGUCGGGAGCCCGGGGCAUUCUUCUUCUUCCUGCUCAUCUCGUUCUGCACCGUUCUGACCAUGUCCAUGAUAUUCCGGACGAUUGCGAGCUCGUCGAGAACCCUGUCCCAGGCCAUGGUGCCUGCCGCUCUCAUCAUCCUUGCCUUGGUCAUUUUCACCGGCUUCGUCAUCCCCAUCGACUACAUGCUUGGUUGGUGCCGCUGGAUCAACUACAUCGACCCGGUCGCAUACGCCUUUGAGUCCCUCAUGGUUAACGAGUUUUCUGGACGCACCUUCGAGUGCACCCAGUACAUCCCGGAGCCCGGAUACCUGGGCGGUGGGCCCAUGAACCGUGCCUGCUCUUCGAUCGGGAGUGUUCCGGGCGUGGGCUUCGUCAACGGCGACGAUUACAUCAACUCGGGGUUCCGUUAUUACCACGCGAAUAAGUGGCGCAAUCUUGGCAUCAUUUUCGUCUUUAUGGCUGGCUUCCUGGCAUGCUACAUGUUCUCCGCCGAGAAUGUCGCCGCUCAAAAGAGCAAGGGUGAAGUGCUGGUUUUCCGCCGCGGCCACAAGCCGGCAUCGUUUAAGGAGAACAAGGGCGAUGCCGAGUCCGGCGGCACACCUGUGGCCGGCCCGGUCGUCAAGGCUGCCGAUGGCAAUGUUUCCGACGGCCGCUCGUCGAACAAGGAGGCUGGCAUGUUGCAGAAACAAACUAGCGUCUUCCACUGGAACGACGUCUGCUACGAGGUCAAGGUCAAGGGCGAGACACGGCAAAUCCUCAACAACGUCGACGGCUGGGUCAAGCCCGGGACAUUGACGGCUCUGAUGGGCGUAUCGGGCGCCGGAAAGACGACCCUCCUCGACUGCUUGGCCGACAGAACCUCCAUGGGCGUUAUCACCGGUGAGAUGCUUGUUGACGGCAACCCCAGGGACACCUCAUUCCAGCGCAAGACGGGCUAUGUCCAACAGCAGGAUCUCCAUCUUCAGACAACGACCGUCCGCGAGGCCUUGAAUUUCAGUGCACUCCUCCGCCAGCCCGCUCACGUCCCGCGCGCCGAGAAGCUCGCGUACGUUGACGAGGUCAUCAAGCUCCUGGAGAUGGAGGAUUACGCCGAUGCCGUCAUUGGUGUCCCCGGCGAAGGUCUCAACGUGGAGCAAAGAAAGCGCCUCACCAUCGGUGUCGAGUUGGCUGCCAAGCCCCCUCUGCUCUUGUUCGUUGACGAGCCGACUUCUGGUCUUGACAGCCAAACAUCGUGGGCCAUCCUGGACCUGCUCGAGAAAUUGACCAAGAGCGGCCAAGCUAUUCUCUGCACUAUCCAUCAGCCCUCUGCCAUGCUUUUCCAGCGCUUCGACCGACUCCUCUUCCUGGCUAAGGGCGGCAAGACAGUCUACUUUGGCGACAUUGGAGAGAACUCUAAGGCUAUGACGUCCUACUUUGAGCGCAGCGGUGGCUUCCCUUGCCCACCGGAGGCCAACCCGGCCGAGUGGAUGCUCGAGGUUAUCGGCGCUGCCCCGGGAAGCCACAGCGAUAUCGACUGGCACCAGGCGUGGCGCGACAGCCCCGAGUACGCCGGUGUCCAAGACGAACUGCAGCGCCUCAAGGCCGACGUGAAGGAGUCCACCCCGGUCAGCAACGACCCCGGCAGCUACCGCGAAUUUGCCGCUUCUUUCUCCCAGCAGCUUGUUCAGGUCACCCACCGUGUUUUCCAACAGUACUGGCGUACCCCGUCCUACAUCUACUCCAAAACCGCGUUGUGUGUCUUGGUUGCCCUCUUCAUUGGUUUCGUCUUCUUCAAAGCACCCAACACCCAGCAGGGCAUGCAAAAUCAAAUGUUCGCCAUCUUCCAAAUUCUUACCGUGUUCGGGCAGCUCGUCCAACAAACCAUGCCGCAUUUCGUCAUCCAACGCUCGCUGUACGAGGUCCGCGAGCGGCCAUCCAAGGUGUACGGCUGGAAGGUGUUCAUGCUUUCCCAGAUCAUCGUCGAGCUUCCAUGGAACACGCUCAUGGGGGCGCUGAUGUACUUCUGCUGGUAUUACCCGGUCGGUCUCUACGCCAACGCUUCGGAUGCCGGUCAGACUGCCGAGCGCGGCGCCCUCAUGUUCCUGCUUCUCGUCGCCUUCCUGCUGUUUACGUCGACCUUCACCGAUUUCAUCAUCGCUGGUUUCGAGACGGCCGAAGCGGGCGGCAACAUUGCCAACCUCCUUUUCAUGCUGUGUCUGAUUUUCUGCGGUGUCCUCGCCAGCCCGGACACCAUGCCCCGCUUCUGGAUCUUCAUGUACCGGGUCAGCCCCUUCAGUUAUCUGGUUAGCGCCAUGUUGUCGACGGCCGUCGCCAACACCGAGAUGUACUGCGCCGCCAACGAAUUCAUCAACUUCAAGCCCACCGACGGGAUGAACUGCGGGGAUUACAUGAAGACUUGGAUGGAAAAGGCUGGCGGUUAUCUCAUGGAUGAAUCCGCGACCGACAUGUGUUCGUACUGCACCGUCAGGUACACCAACGACUACCUAGCGAACGUGAAUUCCGAUUACGCCGACAGAUGGCGCAACUUUGGCAUUCUCUGGGUGUACAUCAUCUUCAACGUCUUUGCUGCCCUGGCGCUCUACUGGCUCGUCAGAGUGCCUAAGAAUAAGCUGGGCAAGAAGACGAAGAAGGAGUAAGCUUGUGAUGGGGACAAAUCCGUUUUCAUCCGCCUUGACACCUGAUGUCAUUCACGACAUGAUGACUUUCAGAGACCAUCCGUCGCUGCCGCUUGCU